UUGGCGCCGGGCAGAGAAGCGGAAUGUUCAACUCCUGACUCGGGCGGAAGCGUGGGAGCCGCACGGGCCGCCGUCCUCCCGACCCCCGUCGCCACUCGCACCGCACGCGGGGCCUCCGCGCCCCCGGCUGCUGCUCACUUCCCCCCUCCCCACCCCCGGGAGCCAGAUUUUGUGGAAGUAUAAUACUUUGUCAUUAUGCAAUGUCGUCUCUCGGAGCCUCCUUUGUGCAGAUUAAGUUUGAUGACUUGCAGUUUUUUGAAAACUGCGGUGGAGGAAGUUUUGGGAGUGUUUAUCGAGCCAAAUGGAUAUCACAGGACAAGGAGGUGGCUGUAAAGAAGUUACUCAAAAUAGAGAAAGAGGCAGAAAUACUCAGUGUCCUCAGUCACAGAAACAUCAUCCAGUUUUAUGGAGUAAUUCUUGAACCUCCCAACUAUGGUAUCGUCACAGAAUAUGCUUCUCUGGGAUCACUGUAUGAUUAUAUUAACAGUAAUAGAAGUGAAGAGAUGGACAUGGAUCACAUCAUGACCUGGGCAACCGAUGUAGCCAAAGGAAUGCACUAUUUACAUAUGGAGGCUCCUAUCAAGGUGAUUCAUAGAGAUCUCAAGUCCAGAAAUGUUGUUAUAGCUGCUGAUGGAGUAUUGAAGAUCUGCGAUUUUGGUGCCUCUCGGUUCCAUAACCAUACAACACACAUGUCCUUGGUUGGAACUUUCCCUUGGAUGGCUCCAGAAGUUAUCCAAAGUCUCCCUGUGUCUGAAACUUGUGACACAUAUUCCUAUGGUGUGGUUCUCUGGGAGAUGCUAACAAGGGAAGUCCCCUUUAAAGGUUUGGAAGGAUUACAAGUAGCUUGGCUUGUAGUGGAAAAAAACGAGAGAUUAACCAUUCCAAGUAGUUGCCCUAGAAGUUUUGCCGAACUGUUACAUCAAUGUUGGGAAGCUGACGCCAAGAAACGGCCAUCAUUCAAACAAAUCAUUUCAAUUCUGGAGUCCAUGUCAAAUGACACUAAUCUUCCUGACCAGUGUAACUCAUUCCUGCACAACAAGGCAGAGUGGAGGUGUGAAAUUGAGGCGACUCUUGAGAGGCUAAAGAAACUAGAGCGUGAUCUCAGCUUCAAAGAGCAGGAGCUUAAAGAACGAGAAAGACGUUUAAAGAUGUGGGAGCAAAAACUGACAGAGCAGUCCAACACCCCGCUUCUCUUGCCUCUUGCUGCAAGAAUGUCUGAGGAGUCUUAUUUUGAAUCUAAAACAGAGGAGUCAAACAGUGCAGAGAUGUCAUGUCAGAUCACAGCAACAAGUAACGGGGAGGGACAUGGCAUGAACCAAAGUCUGCAGGCCAUGAUGCUGAUGGGCUUUGGGAAUAUCUUCUCAAUGAACAAAGGAGGAGCUGUGAUGCAUUCUGGGAUGCAGAUAAACAUGCAAGCCAAGCAGAAUUCUUCCAAAACCACAUCUAAGAGAAGGGGGAAGAAAGUCAACAUGGCCCUGGGGUUCAGUGAUUUUGACUGGUCAGAAGGUGACGAUGAUGAUGACGGUGAUGAGGAGGAUAAUGACAUGGAUAAUAAUAGUGAAUGAACCCAGAAAGCAAACUAAUACAGUUUAAAAUGUUUAGGAAAACAAAAGAAACUUGCUAUCUCUGUAUGAAAAACAAUAAGGAAGUAGAAAGUGAAGCACUGCAUUUUUAGGCCAAUCACAUUUAUAUGACAGUACUUUAUUAAUUUUUACUUUUGAUUUAUUUCUGCUUACAGAAAUAUGGGGAAAAUUAAGCCAAGAAGUUUUAUUUAAUGAAUCAGCCAAAUGUGGUGCCUGAUUUUAGAAAUUUGUGAUUCUAUAUACAAUAUAGUAUUUUUUAACUAAUGAUAUUCUGGCUUUCUCUUUUAAUGACUACUUUAUAGUUUGUAUUUGCCUAUAUUUUAUUUUUUCUAUUCAAUUGCCUAAAAAAAAAAACACACAUCUUUUGAACAAGUGCUCUUAACUCCUAAAAUUUUUCUUUGACACUUGAUUUUCCUGUAACAUAUGACUUUUUUUCUUGUAGCAAUACACUGUAAUAUCAGAAAUGAUUCAUAGUGACUACAAAAUCCAACAACAAAAAAAAUUGAAAUGAAAGAAGGUUAUAACAAAAUUCUUCAGAAUAUCUAAAUGCUGAGGAUUUUUAAUACUAAAUAGCACAGCUACUCAAAGUAAAACCUGCAAGGUGUUCUCAGAACUACAUUUGAAGGAGAAAUACUCUAAUUUGAAACCAACAGCAGAUGUUGCAGCUUUCAUUCAUACCCAAUACUAGUCCUGGAAGCUGGUUAACAGCAGCACACGUCAUCCAAGGCUUAGCUUGUGCUUUAUUCAGACAGGAAGACAUGGUCUUAAAAGGGCACUACCAGGCAGUGUGAACGCUCUGUAUGGCAGCCCUGCCCGGCACUUCCAGUGAGGGGCGUGUGCAUGUUUGCUUGUUUGUUCCAGAGGGGGGUGAUAAUCCUGGAUUUUAAAUAUAUAUAGAUAGAUAUUUUAAAGAGGAAAUUAAGUAUUGUAAAAGGAAUGAUAAAGAUAUGUUAUCCUUACUUAGGCAAAAGUGCAAGCUGAAUGUUCCUUUCCAUAUCAAAUCUAGUCUUCCAGAGUUGUCUUUUUUUUUAAAAAAAAAAAAAAAACCCUGACACAGUGAUGCUGGUAUUACAUAAAGUAGAUGUAGGUGCUACUCUGAAAACCUGGAAAACUAGAAAUAUUCUCAGAAUUUUAUCACAUAUUUGUCAAAGCUUGUUUAAACUAUAAAACACUUUUAAACACCUGCAAAACUUUUGUAAUUAUAUAAAAGAGAAGCAAAAGAAGAAAACCUCUUUUUUUCUAUCUAAAUUAGAAAGCAAUAUUAUGCAUUGACUACUCAAUCAAAAAUAUUCUUGGUGGUUCUUUUGACAAACAUUUUAAGAAAGAAUAUCAUCAUCAUAGAUAUUAUUUUAUACCAUUUCUAAGUAUAUUCAAUCAUAAAAAGUCUUUUAGUAUUUGAAGCGUGAUGUGUUCCUAAACUCCACUGAGAGCUGUAAAAUUCCACCAGAUGAUCAGUAUGUGGUGCCAGCUUUAUUUGGAGAAAAAUAACUAAUAAAGAAUCUGAGCAUGAGAUGUGGGACAGUAUAUAUAACAUAGUGAUAAAGAGAGGCACCUGGAGUCAUAUAGUGAUUCAGAAACCUGCGCCUACUUGCCAUGCAAUUGUGAGCAAAUGAUGUAACCUCUGUGUCUGUUUGCUCAUGUUUAAAACAAGUAGGGUAAUAGUACCUCCCUCAAAGGGUUGUUUUUGGGUUUAAUGUGAUAUACAUGUAAAGCACUUAACAUAGUGCCAGGCCCAUGGUAAGUAGUCAGUUGAUGUUGGCUAUUUUUAAUUGGGCCAGCGAAAAGAAAAAUAAAUGGUUUCAGAAACCUUCUGGAAAACUAAACUAUCAAUUUCAAGAGAUAUUUGUUAGGUAGUAUGAGAUGACAUUAAAAGGGGAUGGCUUUCAGGGAAGUUAAAGAGAACACUCAUAGAAUGAAAGCUAUGUCAACAGAUUUAUCCUGUUACUCUUUAAAGACUUACAAGCCCUGGCCAGGUUUACAUGGUCUAAGGUAUUUGCAGACUGUACCAUCCACAUGCUAAGUAAACAGAAAGAGUUUACUCCCCCAAGAAGGUGAAUUCCCCACAUACCCAUUCUAACAUCUAUGUCUGUGCAUACAUAUGGAUACAUGUACACCACUAUAUAGUGCUGGUGACAGACAGGCACACACAUAAAGAGACAGCCUAUGCGUUCAGACAUAGAAAAGUGCUCACUGACAUGAGCAAGGUCACUCAAGUAGAAAAUCUAGAAAUGGAGCAUCAGGGACCGUUUGCUACUCUUGACUUCCCAGCAUACCUUGGGGCACUGUGGCAGAGAAGAGAGAGUCAAAGACAUGGCAGUGGAAAAGCCUCUUGCACAUCUUCCCAGGAAAAGAUAAAAGUCAUUCAUUCAUUCAACAAAUAUUCAUUGAGCUCCUAAUGUGGGCCAGAUACUGUUCUAGGCACUGAGGAAAACAUCUUGCCCUCAAGGAGAUUACACGCUAGUGGGUGGAGAUUGCCCAUAAACAAAAGUACAUCAUAUGUUAUGUUAACAUUUGAUAAGCAUGUGCUGAAAAAAUAAGGCAGGGAAGGAGGAUAAGGCAUAUAGGGGAGGGUUGCUGUUUUAAAGUGUGGUCAGGAAGGCCUCACUGAUAAAGUAACAUUUGAGCAAAACUGAAGAAGGUGAGAGAAUCUCUGUGGGCUAAUUUCUGGAUCUGCAUUUUUUGUAAGAAUGUACACUUUGCCUCACAUUUAAGAAUAAUCGGCAACAAAUUUAGAGCAUAUGAACUGAAUGAAACUGAUGUUUAUCUUAGUUUAUGUAUAAAUAUAUAUUAUUACACAUAAACUUGGUGUGUUAAAAGCUGUCAAAUAGAGCUAAAAGAGAAAGGUAAUAGGACUCUACACCCAGACCUAGUUUUACCAUUUUUCUGAUCCUUCAACAGCUACCAUUUUCCUCACCAAUAUUCCAGAGAAGGCUAUACACAAUACUCUACCAUUGAGAGACAGCAAGGAUUUAGGAUACACUAUAAUUGAUGAGCUUGAAAUUAUUCUUCAUCUGGAAUUGGACUAUAAAUAAUUACUAUAUGACAUUGUUUAUUUUGCUUUCUAUUCCAAAUCGUUGUUCCUCUACAGGUUGGAAAAUGUUAAAACAUUCCUGAAAUCUGAAUCAUACAAUCAGAAAUUUAAGGUGUUCUCACUCUAGCUGUAAAGAUCAUUUAGAAGACUUAAAUUCUUAAUUAAUUUCAAAAAGAAAUGUUUAUUAGCCAUAUACUGAAUUUUUAAUGAUAAUGUUACUAAUUCACUUUUCAGAUCAGUUUUUGGAAUGGUAAUUUUUUGGUACUGGAUUUAUUUCCAAUCACUUGAAUGGCAAAAAUGUACAUUUAUAAAGAAAAGAGUAAAAGAAACACUGAGAAAUUUAAAGAUUAUAAAGAGAAUCAAAACUCUAAAUUGUGUUAAUAAUUGCCAGAGCCACACAACUGAAAAUUUAACUGCUCUUCCAUCUUUUCUCCUCUACUCCUAAAGUAGAGGAAUCGUGUAGAGUUUGAUGCCAGUGGUUCUCAACCCAGGUUGUGCAGUCACUUAAUGGUAUUUGAGAAUGCUGGGGCGGGGUGCAUGUUUUUGGUUGUCAUAGUGACCAGGGAGCAUUUGGUGCCCGGUGCCAGGAAUGGUAAUGCCCCACAUGCCAGGGAGGGUCCCACACAACAAAGAAUUCCACCUACAAUGCCAACAGCAUUGCCCCUUCUCCAUGGAGAAACUUGCUAAGGCUGUUAGUUUUAGAGUUCCACGCCUAUCAGUUUUUUUCCCUCGACAAAAUUGCCGAAGUCCAAAGAUGCAUUUUCAGAAUUGCAACUACUAUAUUAAUAUGAUUUGUCUAGAUUUGUGGCAUUUAUCUGAAAUCACCAGUUGUGGAGAUGGUUUCCUUCCCCUUAAGAAUGCUGAUGGAAACAGCUAAACUCAUCUUAUAUCAUCUCCUAUUGCAUCGAUUCCACAAUACAUAAAAAAUAAAAGCCACCUUGAGGUAGCUGCAGUUUUGCAAAGUAGCCAAGUUAAAUCGAAGGGCCCCUUUUGGUAAUAGUAAAUUUUUUUAGCAAAAUCACAUUUUAAUAUUUUACAUGAAUAACCAGUGGGAAGAGGUUGAAUGCAUAGUUUAACAUGCUUAUUGCUGAAGCUCUAGACAUGUUAAGGGCUGUUUUUUAGCCUGCAAUUUUUAACAUGUAGUGGAUUUCUUUAAGACUUCGACACCAGCUGAGGUAUCAAACCUGAUCCCAUUAAAAUCCAGAAAUUUGUGGUUGUUGGGAGAGAUCCAGAAUAAUUCUCAUAGCAUUACUAUGUACAUAAUUUUGAUUUUUAGAGUUUUUAUUAGAAUGGUAAGAGUUUUAUGAAAGAUCAUUUAAAAUUUUUUUCUGAGUUAAAUAUUGGUGCAUUUUUUGAAUUUCGAUACACUAUAGACUUCGUUGCAGCCUUCUGAAACUAGCAGUCUCACCACACCACAUAUGUAUUAGAGCAUAAUUUUUCUAUAAUCAGGCACCUUUUGCUGCUUUCAAAUGACUGUUACCUUGUUUAGAUUUUAAGCAUUGCCAGAGAGAAGAAUCUGUUCUGUUCUUUUGAUUGUAGCACAGCCUGAUAGCUGUAGAUGCUGUCUUUUUUGUGAUGAAAACAAUGAGAGUGUACCAGGGAAAUCUGGAGCACCAGACGUUUCCUUGGAUUCCAGCUUAGUUUGCACUCUAUUGCCUGUGAGGAACUUUAUGACAUGUGAUUAUUUUAGUUUAAAACAAGAGUUCCAAGCACCUGCAUUAACUGUUUUGUGUUGUGUGCAGAAUAGUAUAACUUUUAAUGUCAGAUACGAUAUCCUGCACGUAUUGCUUUUGCACUUUUUAAAUAUUUUGUACUGAAUAAUAGAAAAUAUUUAUAUUCUUAGAGUGUGAGCUUUGAAUAGAUGGCAUUAUCACCUUAUUGUGUGUUUUUUUUUUUAACAAAAACUUUUUCUCAGUGAUUCUAUUGCAAUGUUAUUCUGAGCAAGUCCUAUGCCAAAUAUCUUGUAUAAUGUUUGUAUGGAAGAUUAAAUUUUACUCUUGCGUGGUAAGCUAUUGACUUCAUAGUUGGAAUUGGAUAUUCCAGCACAAACUCCGCAGUGUAUUCACAAAUGCAAGUUGUUGUCAUACAUUUCAUUUUGAUGUGAACUUUUCUUCGCUUUUCUUUGUUCUAAGACUCCAUUUUGCAAUAAACGUUUUGACAGUAAA